ACGGCGGCCGCCGCGCUGUUUCUGGAUGCCAUCUUGCAGCUGGAGGUGGAGGGAUGGCUGCGGGGGUUCCUGGACGCCCUGGCUGCAGCAGGCUACACUGGACUGGCAGAAGCAAUUGAAAACUGGGACUUCAGCAAACUGGAAAAACUGGAGUUGCACAGACAGCUGUUGAAGAGGAUAGAAGCGACAAUGCUAGAAAUUGAUCCGGUAGUGCUCAUGCCCUACAUAAACACAUGCCUGAUAGAAAGGGAGUGUGAUGAGAUCCUGCAGAUUAGCGAAUACAGAAGCAAAGCAGCUGGGAUAACUAAACUCAUUGAAUGUCUCUGUCGAUCGGAUAAGGAAAACUGGCCGAAAAGCCUUCAGCUGGCACUAGAUAACGCAGGAUAUUACAAUGCAAGUGAACUGUGGGAUAUGAGAGAAGAUAAUGGCAAAGAUGUUGAUGGUGAAAUGACAGAUGCCUCUGAGAGCAGCUUUGAAACCACGAUAACAUUUUCUGAAGAAGCAGAAUGUGAUAAUCUCAGUGGAAAUCUCUGUUCAGCCUCAGAAGGGAUCUAUCAGUCUUCACCUGUUUAUGAAGCAAAGAAGGCUCGGAACUACCAGACUGAACUUGCACAGCCUGCUAUCAAUGGGAAAAACACACUGAUAUGUGCCCCCACAGGAUCUGGAAAAACUUUUGUGGCACUUCUGAUUUGUGAACACCAUUUCCAAAACAUGCCCGCAGGACAGAAAGCGAAAGUUGUCUUUCUUGCAACUAAAGUGCCAGUGUAUGAACAACAGAGAAACGUAUUCAGGCAGCAUUUUGAAAGAAGUGGGUAUCUUGUUCAAGGAAUUAGUGGUGAAACAGUUGCAAAUGUCUCUGUAGAAAAGGUUAUACAGGACAGCGACAUCGUUGUGCUGACGCCCCAGAUUCUUGUGAACAGCAUCAAGGAGGGGUUCCUUAGCUCCCUCUCCAUCUUCACUCUGAUGAUAUUUGAUGAGUGCCACAACACUACAGGCAACCACCCUUACAAUGUGUUAAUGGCCAGAUACCUGGAACAAAAAUUUGACGCCUCUGAAAACCAGCUGCCUCAGAUUGUAGGUUUAACUGCUUCUGUUGGAGUUGGUAAUGCCAAGAGCAUCGAGGAAACGAUAGAGCACAUCUGUACCCUGUGCUCCUACCUUGACAUCCAGGCCAUAUCCACUGUCAGAGAGAACAAAGAGGAGCUGCAGAGAUUCAGAAACAAGCCAGAAACACAUGUCAGAUGGGUUAAGAUGCGAGUUCAGAAUCACUUUGCAGACAUUAUCAAAGGUCUGAUGUCUGAGACAGAGGCGUUGAUGAAGAAGGUUUACUCAGUGGAUACUAUGUCUCAAAUCAACAAGAAUGAUUUUGGAACACAGAAAUAUGAACAGUGGAUAGUUGGCACUCAGAAGAAAUGCAGGCUGUUGCAACUGGCAGACAAGGAGAAGGAGAGCAGCAUUUGUAGAGACCUUUUCAUUUGCACUGAACACCUGCGGAAAUUCAAUGAUGCUCUCAUCAUCAGUGAAGAUGCCCGCAUUGAAGAUGCUUUAGUCUACUUAACUGACUUUUUCACAAAUGUCAAAAAUGGACCAUAUACAGAGUUAGAGAAGCAACUGACAGCCAAAUUUCAAGAGAAAGAACCAGAAAUGACUGCCCUUUCAAAAGAUGAAUCAAAUGAGAAUCCCAAGCUGGAAGAGCUUGCUUGCAUCCUGGAUGAAGCAUACCGCUAUAACCCAGAGACUCGCACUCUUCUCUUUGCUAAGACAAGAGCCUUAGUAACUGCUUUGAAGAAGUGGAUAGAAGCAAACCCUCUGUUUAGCCACAUAAAGCCAGGUGUGUUGAUGGGUCGUGGAAGAAGAGAUCAAAAAACAGGUAUGACUCUCCCAAUGCAGAAGGGUGUACUGGAUGCAUUCAAAACCAACAAAGACAGCAGGCUGCUAAUUGCUACAUCUGUUGCUGAUGAAGGCAUUGAUAUUUCUGAGUGCAACCUUGUUGUGCUCUAUGAAUACUUCGGUAACGUCACCAAAAUGAUCCAAGUCAGAGGUCGUGGAAGGGCAAAAGACAGCAAGUGCAUCCUUGUGACAAGCAAAACAGAAGUGGUUGAGAAUGAGAAACACAACCGUCAUAAGGAGGAAAUGAUGAAUGAAGCUAUUGAAAUACUACAGAAUUGGGAUGAAACAACGUUUGCAAGAAGGAUACAUGACCUGCAAAUGAAGGAAAAGGUAUUACGAGAUUCCAGGAAGAAAGAAACAAGACCUAAGGUAGUGGAAGGGAAAAAAAAUCUUCUGUGUGGAAAAUGCAAAGCAUAUGCCUGCAGUACAGAUGACAUCAGAGUUAUAAAGGUAUCUCAUCACACUGUCCUAGGAGACGCAUUCAAGGAGCGUUAUAUAACAAAGCCUCACCUGAAACCCAUCCAGUUUGAUUGUUUUGAGAAAAAAGGCAAGAUGUAUUGCCAAAAUACUAAUUGCCAGCAUGACUGGGGAAUCACAGUGAAGUACAAGACAUUUGAUAAUCUACCAGUGAUCAAAAUCAAAAGCUUUGUAGUAGAGAACAUUGAAACUGGGACACAAAUGGAUUUUCAGAAAUGGAAAAAUAUUAAUUUUUCUUUGAAGAAUUUUGAUGUUGAAGAAACGGCCAGCUGA